CUGCUAUUUUACGCUAAAGCGCAACUGAAAUUAAAUCUAAAACGUUUACGUCUUCAGGUGCUCUGCGUUUUCCUUUGCUUUGCAUCACUAUCGGCAUCCGAAGAGACAGUACAAGACUUCAUCGAACGUGCUCUACAAAUUCCUAACGUUGAUAAGGUGUUAAACUCGGUACUGGGGCGAUUGGAGAGGAGCCGACAACGUGGAUUCCCGGCAAUAACUCAACAGCAAUACGCUCAGGAAGAAGAUUGUGAAGAACCAUCAGAGGUUUUACCCGAAUAUACGGAGACCUUGCAGGAAUCACGGGAACGAGGUUUGAGGCAGCUGGGCAUCCAGAAGCAUUAUCCCAUAUGCCACUUGGAAAGAAAAGUCCGUAGGCUAAAUACAAACGAAUACGAAUACCGACCUGCGUAUUAUGAAGAGGUGCGAUGUACUACGACAUCUGACGACGACGUCAGUGUAAGCAGCGAGAUAUGUUCAAGCCUUGGGUUCUCUUGUGUACAAUGGAAUAAAACAAUCCAUUUAACCAGAAGGCGUUAUUCAAGCGAUUGUUGGGAAACCAAAACGAUGGUGAUUCCAGCUGGAUGUGAAUGCAUGUGGCCUGUUCACCGUUUGGGCGAUAUUACACAUCACGUCUAA